GAGGACGCAGAGGAGAGAGAGAGCACGCGUUUCCUGAGGACGUCUGAGAUUACCAGUGAAACCAUGAGGUCGCAGAGGAGCCCGGGACUGGUCGCCGUGCUGGGCUUGAUCACCUGCUAUUGUGCCUUAUAUACGACUGCUGCCAUUGACAUCCCACUGGAAGUUGAGCAGCUGCCCACCAUCACAGAUCAGUCGCCCAGCACUGUCAUCGCGUUCCCUUUUGACGAGAGCUUCCCCGUGACGUGCGAAGCCAAAGGGAAUCCCGAGCCAGAAUUCCAAUGGACAAAGAAUGGCGUGGAAUUUGACCCCUUCCUCGACCCCCGGUUGAUGAAAGAGGAGAAUUCUGGGACCUUUGUGAUACCAAAUAAUGGGAACCUUACAGAGUACCAGGGAAUCUAUCGCUGUUACGCCUCAAAUAAACUGGGGACCGCCAUAUCGGAGGAGAUCGAGUUCUACGUGCCCACUGUGCCAAAGUUUCCUAAAGAAACACUGGACCCUGUGGUGGUGGAGGAAGGCCAGGCUUUUACUUUACAGUGUGACCCACCUAAAGGGAUCCCACCUCUGCAGAUCUACUGGAUGACCAUCAAUCUUCAGCACAUAGAACAGGAUGCGAGAGUAUCCAUGGGCCUGAACGGGGACCUGUACUUCUCUCACGCGGAGAACAAGGACAGCAGGAGAGACUACUGCUGCUUCGCCGCCUUCCCAAGAAUACGGACCAUCGUUCAGAAGACCGCCAUGUCUGUCAUCGUCAAGACAAAAAAAAGUGACAUGAGUCCUGAAGCUGCCAAUGCCAUCCUGGACAGACGGCCUUCUCUUCUGACGCCCUCUGGUGUUAGAUCAGAGACACAGCUGGUCAAAGGAGAGGACCUGAAAUUGGAGUGUAUAGCUGAGGGAUUUCCAACUCCUCAGGUGGAGUGGGUGAAGAUUGGCCAUCAGCUCCCCGUCAGAGCAAAACUGGAGAAUCAUGGCAAAUUGCUGAUAGUGCCGACAGUUGAGCAGGACGACAGCGGAAAGUACAUGUGCAAGGCGAAGAACCCGUUAGGAGAAGCCAUCCACUACUUCACAGUGAGAGUAGAAGAGCCUCCGGAGUGGCUGUUUGAGCCCGAGAGUCAGCUCAGCAUGAUCGGCUCAGACGUGGCCAUCAAGUGCUCCGCCAGCGGGAGUCCUCCACCGGUCAUCUCGUGGAGGGUGAACGGCGUGCCUCUGCAGGACGCCCCAGCUGCCAACAGGAAGACGCUGGGUGACACCAUCUUUCUGCAUAACGCCAAGGCCUCUGACAGUGCAGUGUACCAGUGUGAGGCCUCCAACAGACAUGGCAGCCUACUGGCCAACGCAAACAUCAUGAUCAUGAAUCUGCCCCCCAUGAUUUUGACCAAAGAAGGGGAGGAAUACUCCGCUGUAGAGGGGAAGGGGGUGAUGAUGCACUGCAGUGUCUUCAGUUCUCCUCCUUCCACAAUCACCUGGAGCAGAGACGACUCCUCCGAAUCCGUGGAGGGCCCGAGAUUCAGCGUUCACGACAACGGAUCGCUGGAGAUCUACAGCGUGGAGAAAGAAGACACGGGACAGUACACGUGUUUAGCUAAAAACACGGAGGGAACGUCCGCCAUCGAGGCCAUGCUCUAUGUUAAAGAUCCCACCAGCAUAGUCGUGGCCCCGGAGGACCAACAGAUCCUAAUAGGUACCACGGCCCAGCUCUCAUGCCUGGCAGAGUACGACAAGUCCUUCAGCAACGACUUUCAGCUCCGGUGGGAAAAAGAUGAUAUAGAGUUAACCCUCAACUACACUGAGAAUUCAAGAUACUUUGUGGAGGACGGUAGUCUUCAGAUCCUCAAUGUGAGCCACAGGGACCAGGGCGUGUACACGUGUGUGGCAAGGACUCCGGUGGACACAGCCACGGCCUCCGCGCUGCUCAUGGUGUUAGAUGUCCCCGAUGCACCCGACAACUUGGUUCUGUCUGAACACAAGAGCAAAAGUGUGAAACUGAAAUGGAUCCCUGGGGACGAUCACAACAGCUCAACCACAGAGUUUGUAAUCGAGUACGAGGAAAGCCAGUGGGAGCCAGGAAACUGGAAGGAGCUGCUCAGAGUACCCGGAAACCACAACUCUGCUGUCGCCAAACUCCACGGCCACGUCGACUACUGCUUUCGAGUGUCUGGAGUUAACGCCGUUGGGAGGGGGCCUCCCAGCGAGCCCACUGAGAGAUACAAAACCCUCCCAGCAGCCCCUGACAAGAACCCUGACAAUAUCAAAAUCGAAGGUCAUUUGCCACAUGAAAUGAAUAUCAACUGGGAGCCCUUGUUACUCAUUGAGCAUAAUGGCCCUGGUCUAGAGUACAAAGUGAGUUACAAAAGACAGGACAUGGAGGAGGACUGGAAGGAGCACAUGGUGAAGAGACACUCCUUUGUCGUGAAGAACGCGCCCACCUUCGUUCCCUAUGAGAUCAAGAUCCAAGCCAAGAACCAUCAGGGCUGGGCACCUGAGCCCAAGAUAGUGACUGGCUACUCAGGAGAGGACUUUCCGUCCGCUGCGCCUGAUGAUGUAGCCGUGGAGGUGAUGAACAGCUCAGUGGUCAAGGUUAGCUGGAUGCGUGUACACAAGGACAAGCUACAUGGACAUCUGGGAGGCUACAGGAUAAACUGGUGGCGUCUGCGCAGCCUGGCCGACUCAAAGAAAAGUCACGGAGACAAACACACUCUAACUUUCCCUGGAGACCGAAACCACGCCACGGUACCGGGACUGACCCCUUUCUCCGAGUACAGCCUCAUUGUCAUGACCUUCAACGGGCGAGGCAACGGCCCCGGCAGCCAUGCCGUCAACUUCAAAACCCCGGAGGGAGUGCCUGAGAAAAAUCCUGUUUUCAGGGUCACAGAUGUACAGAAGCACACUGUCUCUCUGGUCUGGGACCCGCCAUCUGAGCCUAAUGGGAUUCUCACCGGGUACCUCCUAGACUAUCAGUUCAUCAACGACACAGAGGAGGUGGGGCCCUUGCAGAUGGUAGACAUCAGCAACCCCCGCACCACCAAGUGGACCCUCCGCGAACUGGAGCCCCUAAGCAAGUACAAGUUCUACCUGCGCUCUUGCACCGCAGUGGGCUGUGGGCCUGUUGUCAGCGAAGAGAGCACAACCACCCUCGAAACAAGUCUGGCCAGCAUCCAUGGAGGAAUAUCCACCCAGGGCUGGUUUAUCGGCCUGAUGAGCGCCAUCGCUCUCCUCACGCUCAUUGUGUUGAUCGCCUGCUUUGUCAACAGAAAUAAAGGAGGGAAGUAUUCCGUAAAAGAAAAAGAAGACCUUCACCCUGACGUGGAGUCCCAGGGCAUGAACGACGACACGUUUUGCGAGUACAGUGACAACGACGAGAAGCCACUGAAGGGCAGCCAACACUCGCUGAGCAGGGAGAUCAAAGCGGGGGACAGCAGGGACAGCCUGGUGGACUACGGCGACGAGGACGUCCAGUUCAACGAGGACGGCUCUUUUAUCGGCGAGUACGCGGGCCGAAAGGAGAAGAGGGUGUCCGCUGAGAUCAAAGCCGCCGCUCAGACACCGGCGUGAGGAGCGGAACCGCCAUUCCCUCUUUACCCCGGGACGCCAUUUUCAUUAAACCUGCUGGGACGAACAAAUGAAAGAGGAAGCAGGACAUUAUCCACACCAAGCACAAGUUUUGUGUCAAACGUAAUGCGUCAUUGCCAACUGCCAUUCUCAUGUUAUGAAGCUCUGUUUCGUCAAGUUGCAACAGAAUGACCGUUACUAAAUACUGUGUAUAUAUAGUGUAUAUUCUAUGUGCGGAGUGUCUUUUUUUGAUAAUUAUUAUUACACAGAACAUUUAGAGGGCUUGGAUUUUUUUUUUCUUCUCUUUUCCAUUACUUCCACUGCAGAACUGUUUGUACAAAUGUUACAAAAAUGUCACUCCCCAUUGCACAUCAUUACACGCAGCUUUGCCUCUCAUGUCAUCUUGUGGCAGACCACAGACGAGGGGGGGUGUCCAGUUGAUAUUUUUCAACGGGAGCAAAUAUUACUGACCUUUUAUAUUUGAAUGGAUUCCUUAAAUAUGAAGUACAAUAUGUAAGAUGUGUAUAAAGGUUGCUUAUUAACUUAUUUUUUUCCCCUGUGGUUUUUCUACCUGACAAUUUAACAAGGAUAUUUACAUAUCAUUUUAUAUCAUCAACAUUGGUUGUUGAACCAUAAACCUCCUGUGAUAUUAGAAGAAAAUAUAAUUUAGUUGCCAUGUUUAUGAACAUUUAGAUCCAUUGGACUGUAUAAAUCACCAAACCUAGUCUGUGCUUUGUAAAAGAUUUUCUAAAAUGUAAUCCAUUACAGGUCCCCAUGUUCCUGAUUAUACAUGAGAGAGAACCCUAACAAUUUUUACAACACUGAAGAUGCCAAUACCUGAUGUUUGAAAAGUUUUAUAGGAAUCUUAGGAAUUUUAGGGAAAUAAACUUGUUUUCUUUCUUGCUGACAGUUAUUUAGUAUGAUUGAUACAAAACCCAGAAGUCAGGUAGCUCAGCUUAGCAUAAAUACUGGUCAAAGGGAAAUAGCUAGUGUGGCUCCGCCUUAAGGUAACAAAACCAUUCUACCAGCACCUCACUGAUAAAGAAAUUACAUCUUGUUUGUUUAAUGUGAAUUUAAUACAACCCCUAGACACCAUCAUUUGUCAGUUGUUUUUUUUGUAGGUUAAACAGAUGAGAUAUAAUAUGUUAAUCAAAGACUUUUAGAUGUGCUGGUAGGUGGAUUUUGAAUUUCUGGACAGGGCCAGACUAGCUGUUUCCAGCUAAUCUAAACUAAUGAGUUGACAGUUGUCUCCUCAUAUUUAACACACAGACUUAAGAGUUUUGUCAAUUUACCCAUAGCAAGAAAGUGCAUAAGCAUAUUUCAAUAGGAUAACAAUUUGAACUAUCCAUUUAAAGUGGAUACUAUGACUCUGUGUCGUGCUUCCAAAAUGCUGGAAGACUUUUGCAGAAACAUUCUUAAAAACAAAGGGCAAAAAUGACUUUUGGUCCCCGGCAUGUCAGGCUCUGAAAAAGCUGAGUCCUACAUUUCCCAUAAGGCAUUUUAAUUGUCUUUUUUACCAGGAUGUUUAGUUCUUUCAAACUAGACGUCCCAGUUUGCAGAUCAGGCUUAAGGUCUUUGUGCACCAAGUCCGUAUAUGUUGUGUCACAGUUACACUUAGACUCUGCAACUUUCAUUCAUUCAAGUUUUUGGAGCAGGUUUGAUUUGAACUGUUUGGGAUCAAUUGGAUCACAGAAAUUAUGUUUUCUUAUUUUGAAUAUGUGGUCUCAGUUCUGGUAGGAGAAUGAAACCAAUGAAAACCUGAAACUAUGGUUGAGGACCACAAAAUCAUCCCCAGUUCUUGACUCAAUUUUAUCUCAUUCUAUGAAUUUCUCAUAUAUAAGAAUAUUGAAAGGCAUCGCACUCAGUGUGCAAGGUUUCUGUGUGUGAUGAUUUUCAUCCGAAUUUUUAUUUAAAAAAUGAUAGUACGAACUUGGUAAUCAAAGACCUUACUUUUACUAGACCUGCUCUAAAUAUAUUUGUAUUAUCUAAAUCAAUAUACCCGCGGUGGUAACACAUUUACAGCAUCAGUGUUAUUUCUCAGAGUCGACUCCAGAGCCACAGAGAACAUUGUACAUUGUACUACAGGCUGAGUAUCUCUGCAUGAACUGACUUUAAUGUGUGAUGUUAGUUGUUUACUCCUUCAAGAAGAAGGUUUUGUCAAACCUGCAAUGGAUUGUGGAUCCUGUGUAACCAGAUUACUGGGAUACGGUUGCAUGUUUGACACCCACCAAUACCGCUGAUAGUGUGGAGACGUGAGUCUUAACAAGCCUUACUCUGUUAAUACACAUUCAUUAUGUUAUUAGCACCAUGACCACAAGUUGCCGUGUUUUGUAAAAAUUCAGCCAUUGCAUGAUAAGAAUGUUAAUUGGUGUUUUUGAUGUCAUUAAAUUGCUUUACUUUCCUA